AUUUUGUGCCAGACUAUGGUGUUCUGUGUCACACCUUCAAUAUCUACGUGCUGAAUGUCAGAGAUUGAAUAUUUCUGUAGUUUGUGCUGAAUUAUUUGGUGAGCUACAAUCAAACUUAAAAUCCUUUCAGUUUCAGGUUUACAGCAUUAGUCUCAGCCUGAGUUCCUCAAAGAGAUUAAGAAAGGAAAGUGAAAUUUACAGGGAAGAUUAGAAUAACAACCGGAACUGAAGAGAAUAGAGGUUUGAUCAUAUCUAUACUGCACCAUACUUUCACUUUAAAUAUCUUUCAACUGCACAGGACCUGGAUCAGAGCUGGUGUGAUGGCAGGUCAGAUGCAGAACUGGUGGACUCUGAGGCUCCUGACUCUUCUCAGCCUCCUCAGCCUCACUGAACCAUUUGAGGUGAGAGAUGAGGACUGGGAGGAGCUCAGCGCUGACAUCGCUGCACUGCACCGCCUCAGAGGACUGUCUGAACACAUGGUUCAUCAGAGGAUCAAGGACACUUCACACCAAAGGGACACAUCCAUUCAUGGGACCAGAACAGAGAGAUCCAUUAAUAGGAGGGACACUGACCAAAACCCAAUGAGUCUGCUGGAUGGUUUUCAGGAGUGUGAGAAUUUCACCACCUGUGUCAUUCAGAAGGAAAAGGACUUUGAGACCUUCAUGGCAGAUAUUGAUGAACAGAAGAAACAAGACUGGCUGCUAAGUGCAUCUGAGAUCUCACACAGUUACAGUCAAAAACUUCUGAUCAUGACUGACAAAGAAAAGUCAACGAUUGACAGAGUCCAGCAGGAAUACAGCAUGGAUCCUCUUUACUCAGUAAUAGUCAGUAAAGAUUGUCUGUACAAUGAGUCAUGUUUACCAAAAGCAGACGGCUACACUGUAGUGAAAAUAUUUGGAAAGGUUUCAGAAGAUGGACAAAGUGUGUCUGGGCUUUCUGGUUCAUCACUUUCAGAGCUGAUGUUGAAACCAUCACUUGAAGCUGCCCCAGUGUUCUCCCUGGACGGAAACACAACCACAGACUUCCAGCAUAACUUCAUUCGGGUUUUUCUGGUCCGUGGCAGCAACAAAGUCUUAGAAACUAACCAGGAUAAUCACCAGAUUUACCAGGUCAUGGAUCAACCUGACUCAGUUUCCAGCUACCGAAUUCCACAAAGACCAGUUGAUCACACCACACAGUACGACCACCAGCAGAUCCUCAUUCUGGAAGAUAAUCCUGCAGUCAGAAAAGCUGCUACUUAUCUUUAUGAAAAACAUCCAAAGGUCAGCUCUGUCUACAUUCUUGAUCAAAACCAAAGACCAAAACUGAUCCGUGGGGACCCAGAGCCACUGUCAGAGGACAGCAGACUGGUCCUGGUAGGUCAUGGAGGAAGAGACAGCUCAGGAGAGAUGAAACUGGCUGGGUACAGAGCCCAGGAUGUGGCCAAAAUCAUUCAAAGGACCUCCAGAGUCAGUGAUACAAUCAAAACAACAAGUGUGGUGGGAUGUGAGCUCGGAUCAAAUGAAGCUUUCAUUGAGACCCUACUGAGAGAGCUCCAUGAAACUGUCAACAUCCAGACAGAGCUGCACCUGAGGGAUGCUGUGCUCCAGGUCAGGCACACAGGACAGAAAAUUACACAAGAAAUCUCUCCAGAUGGGACACAAUGGAGACACAAAGAUGACAGCAAGAAAGUGGUGGCAACUCUUGACAGGAACGGAGACGUAGUUAUUAGAAAUGAGGCUGGCAGUAAAGGAGAGGCAGUUUUUACCAAUGAAAGAAAUUUUCUGAUGGACAGCCAUUCAGGACAAGAGAGCAGUGGAAACAGCUGGCCAAAUGAGCCAAAGAGAUUUAUUGACCAGAGUGAAGGAUCUAAGCAGUUUAGUGAUGCCUUAUAUGAACUUGAAGCUCUGACCUGGGGAUUAUUUCACACUGACCAGCCUUUUCCAAAAGAAACAGACAUCAACAGCUUGCAACAAAUUGAAGAGCAAUAUUUAAUGAGAAGACAAAUAAGAAACAAUAAUUAUAAUAAUGAUAAAAAAAAUAAUAAUGAGGACACAAGAUGGAUGAAGGAUGAAGCAGAAAUAAAGAAUGUUCUUUCUAAAUGUUAUAAGAUUGAAUCAGGAAAAGAUGUUAGAAACAUCAUCCGUCACUACGCAAAGACUGGAGAAGAUGAGCCCACAUAUCUGAUGGUCAGAGACUGGAUAUAUGAGGUUAAUCCUCGAAGUCUGUACGUGUACCCAGUUGGAAAAAAACUUGACAACAAUCAAAUUGGAAAUGAGGAAAAAAUCAAUGAAGUUAAAACAUGGAUUAAUAAUCAAAGAGGCAAAGGCAAAGAAGAAUACAAAUCCAUGAGAAAUUACAUUCUUGGUGAUGAAACUGAAAGGAGCCCAGAAGAGGUACGACUAAUAAAAGAAAGUUAUGUUCAAUAUGUGAGAGAUAUUUUUCUUGGUGAACACACAGCUCACCUACCUCUGUCCUUUAAGUCUGUGUUCACCACAUAUUUCACUGCAUCAGUUAUAUCUGAAUCUGCCAGAAAUUUCAGGACAUUUCCUCUGGUGCUGAUGGCUCUGAGUAUGGCUGAAAGCUCAGACAACAAUAUCAGAGAGAAAGGACUGAAUUUCUUUUUUGAAAACCACCCGAUGGCAAGAGGAGGAAGUUGGAUUGACCCAAGCAGGCGAGGAUUUCAUGGCUCAGCAACACCUGAAAAUUCCAUCAAACUAACAGGGAGGAAGGUCAAGAGGGGUAAAUUAAUGAACGAGCUUAAAGAAGUUCUACACUACGAAGAGGUCAUGUUCACAGCAUAUACAAAAUAUAAUGCACCAGAAUCAGUGGCAGACAUGGCAGUAGAAUUAAAGAUAUUUGAAGCGACAGAUAAAGAGGCAUUCUUAAAAGGUUACAUUGAUUUCAAAACAAAAACUGAGCAACAUUUUCCAACACCAUCUGGAGAUGAACCUCCAGCAUCUGGAACAUUAGGAGGUUAUGAGGAUGGCUCUGUAACAUCACGAGACUUGAAUUCUGCCUCAGAGUUAGAGAAUUCCUUCAGACUUGAAGAUUAUUUUUCCAGGGCAUCUGCAUCAUUUUCUGAAGAAGUCCACAGCCAACUGAAAGCAAAAUAUGGUGAAAGACUGGCAGAGCUGCAUGUGAGGGAGGGCAGUGCCAGAAUAGAAAAUGGACAGUUCAUAUGUCAGCUGGUGUCCAAGGGUACUGAUGCUGAACCUGUCGAGUUUAGGGCUGAGUUAUCUCCAGAGAGUCAAGAAUACACUGAAAAAAUGUUGAAGAGCAUCAACACAGCAGUUCAUGACAUGGAGACGCACAGUCCAGAAUCCUCCCAUCAAGUCAGCAAGUAUGUAGAGCACACUGGGACGGCUGUUGGUGCAUUAGGCCUCAUGCUGGGGAUGAAAGGAGCUGUUCAUGCUUUUGAACAGGGCGACAUCAAAGAUGGUGUGGUGGGAACUUUGCAAACAGCUCAUGGAGUGACAGCUAUGACGACAUCUGUUAUUGCAAAACAAGCCCUGUCCUCAGAGACAAGAAUCGGCAGAGCUGCAGGAGCAAUCAUGAGAAACCCUGCAGUGAAGGGCACCAUGAGCAUUAUGCCAAUAGUGGGAAUUGGAUUUGGGAUAUACAAUUUUGAACAAGACUUGGAGAGAGGUGACACACUGGGAUACAUUGAGGCUGCCUUUGAUGGAGGUAUGAUUGUUUUGGAUGUUGUUGAAAUGGCUCAGCCUGAACUGGCACCAUUUAUAGUGCCUAUAAACCUGGCUCUAUCAGCAAUUCGGAUGGCCUUUGAUGAUGUUUAUAUGGGCAUCCAGAAUGAACUGAACAGCCUCCCAAAGGAAGCUGGAGUUUUACAGAAACUGGUGGCUGUGUAUGUUGGCUAUGGAAAAGGUAUUGAUCAUUUUGCAAUCCAUGUGGCUAGUGUGUUUUAUGAUUGGCGUCACGAUGAAAUUGAAGAGGGACACAAACUUGUUGCUCAGAUAUCAGACUAUAAAGAAUAUUACAGAGUUACAAAGGAAAAGGAUGGAACAAAAGCCAUUGAUUUUAGUGGUGGUGGUUCCUCUUGGAAUGGAGGAGGUAUUUACUUCUGCCUCGCUGAUCAGGGUCAGUCUGAGUUCUGCAUGAACUAUUUUGUAUCUAGUGAUGAGAGUUCUGGGAGGAGGUGUUGGAACAUCGAUACACAAGGAAGCAAUGAUAUCAUUCUUGGCCUGGGAGAGUCACAUCAAUUAGAGUAUAAGACACUACAGAAAAAAGUACUCAUGCUCAUACCAGCCGGGUCUGUAACAGUGGUUUCAGGUUAUAAAGCUCUGUCAUAUUCAAGAUAUGGAAUAUACAAGGGAAACAGAGAUGCUAAUCGCUUUUUUGCAGUUCAGGAAUCAGAGGACAAACAUGUUAUUGAACUGAUGUUGAGUUACUAUUAUCAGCUUUAUGGUGAACCAGGUGAUGACAUAUUCUUCCUGGGUCCACAGAGAAGUUAUGCUGAAGGCUCUGGUGGAAAAGACACGUACGUCAUUCCUGACAAUGGAGGGAAAACAAUAAUUAACAACUACGAUCCUUCCAAAGCACAAGACACUCUCCAUUUCAGUGCUGAUUACAGUCACAUUUCUGUGUCUAAAUCUGGAGAUGAUGCAGUGUUAAUGUAUGAGGGCAGCCAUACUGUCAUCAUACAAAACUGGUUUUUAGGGGAGCUGUAUCGUCAUAUGAACAUGAUGUCAGGAGACGGAGUCUUAUUUGAGAUUUCCUCCACUGUGGUUACUUCUGUUCAGCUGGUGGCCACAGGAAUUAACAAGAUGUUUAAGAAACAGGGUGAAACAGUGAACACAUCACAGCCACUUUUACGAACAGUUACAAACAUCUUUGGGUCUCAGUAUGAUGACGUGCUCAUUGGAAAUGGAGAGAAGAAUCUGAUAGAUGGAGGAGGAGGUCGAGAUCGUCUGAUCGGUGGUGAAGGAGAAGACAUAUACAUGGUGAAAAACAGCAAACAGUCUUCAGUGAGGAUUGAGAAUUACUCCAGAGACAAUGAAACAGACCUGGCCAUUAUAGAAGCAAAUCUUCACACUUUAAAAGUCAGAGUAGAAGGUAGCAAUGUUAUUCUGAACGCUGUCCAUGACACAACAACCAUCCAAGUGACUUUAGUGAACUGGUUCAGAUCACCAGAAGACAGACACUUGCUCAUCAUCACAAAGGAUCUGAUCACUUUCACAGUCUCAGAUAACAAGGCUGACUGCCAGCAGAAAGAUCCGUUCAUCAACUGCAUAAAAAGUCAGAGAAUUGACUACAGCAGCUCCACAUCUCGUCUGGAGGUGGACCUUCAGGAGGACGAGGCUCUGAACAGUGUAACAGAGGUCCGUGGGUCAAAUUUUAAUGACAUCAUCAGAGGGAACAAAGAACACAAUGUUUUUGUCCCAGGAAGAGGAGACGACUUCAUUCAGUUGAGAGGAGGAGAGGACUGGUACAUUAUCACACCAGGACAAGGAGUAAAAACCAUCAACAAUCAAUCACCAGAUCUGACCUUGGACGUUCUUUUCCUGAAAGAACAAUAUGAGCAUGUAACAUGUUCUUGUGAAGGACAGAGCAUCAUCCUUUUGGUAAACGGAAGGAGAAGUGUUAUCUUACAGAAAUGGUUUGAGUCAAAGAAUUAUCAGCACCUGCAGAUCAAGACCAGUGAUGGAAUAACAGCUGGGCUGAUGUCCAACCUCAGCAGCUGUGGCAGCAAGUCUUUAAUGUUACCCUUAACUGUUGAUUACAGAAACCAGAAACCUGAACAACUUCAUUCAGUCCAAACACAAAUCCAGAAACGAUCAGUCAGUGUAGUGGAACAGCCCAAGUGUUUCACAUAUAGAAAUAAGAAUUCAGAUGAGAAGAUCCUCUGUGGCCUCGAAGGCAAAGUGAUGAUGAUGAAUAAAGUUGAGUCAGUGAAAGAAAUGUAUGGCUCCCCAGGUUUCGACAUCAUGGUUGGGAACAGCAAGGAGAAUUUGCUUGAUCCUUAUACUGGGGGUGCACUGAUGUCUGGAGGUGAAGGUAAAGACACUUACAUCAUCAAACAUGGAUAUGGAACUAACUUAAUGAUUGAUAACUUUGCAGAAGAUCAGAAUAUUGACACUGUGUUGGUUGACAUGGAUUUCGUUGAUGGCAGCGAAGUCGCACUGAACUCAUCAUCAACAGGAGAUCUGGAUGUGACGAUCACAACAAAUGGGGAACAAUUAAAACUCACUCUGCUCAGCUACACUGAAGGUUACCAACACCAGCACCUGGAGUUUCAGAGCUCUGACGGAAUGAAUUUUAAAUUGAAAUUACUAAACUCAACUGGAGAUGUUCCUUUAUUUGAGAUUGAAGCUUUCAAAGUGACUCUGAAACAGUCGCAGACUGACUGCCGUUUGGACCUCAGCUCUCAGAGAAAUCUGUCAAAGGUCCAUACAGUUCAAGGCUGCCCCUCCCAGUCCAACGAUAUACUAGGUAAUGAUGAAGACAACGCUCUAAUUGGUGGGUGGAAGGAUGACGCCUUGGAUGGAGGCCAAGGAGAUGACACACUGAUUGGAGGAAAUGGAGCUGACCUCAUGAUUGGUGGUCUGGGAGAUGACACUCUUUAUGGCGAGGAUGGAGAUGACACGAUGAUGGGGAACUCCGGCAGUGACGUCUUCAUUCCUGGACCAGGGGCAGAUCUAAUGGAUGGAGGUCCUGGCAGAGACACUGUUCUGUACCGGGGCGAUCAUGAGAAGGGUAAAGGGGUUUAUGUCAACCUGUUGACUGGACAAGGCCGCUAUGCUGAUGCUGAGGGGGACGUGUUGAAGGAUGUGGAGACUGUGAUCGGCUCCAUCUACUCUGAUAUCUUGGUAUCUGGUUAUGAAAGUUCCCUUCUCAAAGGCUCUGACGGAGAUGAUAUCUUGGUGUCCACUGGUGGUGAUUACCUGGUCGGGGGUGAUGGAAACGACAUCUACAUGUUGGCUUUCCAACGUGGCUCAGUCACUAUUGACAACUGUGCAAAGGACAACGCCACAGAUGUCUUGUACUUAGGAUCAGGGUCACCACUGGCAUUUGACUGCCAGAUUUUACCUGACAGAGUUCUCCUGACUUUCUUUGGAUUAAACCAAGCAGUUGUUAAGAUUGUACUAGAAGGCUGGAUCAGUGAUGAUAAUGAAUGUGGUCAUUUGAUGCUGGUUUUCAAAGAGCUGGAGAUGUCAGUGGAUUGGCUGCUACAAAUAUAUCAGUUAAGACAGAAGAAAUUGUUUUGGUCAUUAGUCAUAACUUGGGUUAUCUGCAUCAGCCUUUUCCUCUUCCAUUUUGUUUUCAUGUUAUACAUGUGCAUAAAAUCAAUGAGAAGGGCACAGAAACAAAAGACAUUGAAACAAACAGAAACUAAUGUUAUUGAAGAGUCUGUUGCCUUGCAGAGUGACGUGCAGAUCCACAGUGAUAUUAGUCCAUGAAAAUCUCUAAAAUACAAUAUAUGAAUUUGAUUUAUCAUUUGACAAAUCAUUAAUAAUUUGUGGUUUUCAGUAAAUUCAGUAAUUCAGUAAAUCACAUGGAAAAAACUUGUUUUUUGUUAGGGUUAUGGUAUCUGUAAUGAAUUACAUUUAGUAGUGAAUCAACUGGAUGUAGAGGAAAAUUCCUUUCCCAGUAUUACCUCAGGUCUUUGUGUUAUAGCUUGGGUAUGAUGUAUUAUGUAACAUAACUGUGGAUCUGGGUGUUUUGAGGAUUAUCCUCAAGUACUGGAAGGCAUUUUGGAUGCUUUGAGUAUGAAAAAUAAAAUUCUAUUCACCCCUUUUUUUGGCAGACCUGUUAGUUUGCUUAGCUAAGUCCCCUUUGUUAUACAGUACUUAUCAUUUAUAUGUGACACCUUCUUUGAAAUGUCUUUGUAUUUUUAAUAGCUUUUCUAAUUAGAUUAUUACACAUUAUAUUCUGGAGAUAGAUAAUCUACAUCAGGGUAUAUUCAAUGUGCCUCUUGUGCCUGUGCCUUUUGAUCUCCUGUGAUUUCUGUAGUCCUGCCUUCUUUCUAUCCAUACCUGUAAUUCAUUUGUCCUACUGAAGUGUUUGUGUUUGUAUCUUACUCCAGUAUCCCAAUGACGGAUUGUUGCCAAAAUGCACUGGUGUGGGCUUUGUAAUAUUAAAGGCUUUUUUAUGAUUUACACCUCAA